AUGCUCUGCGGUUCCUCCAUUACUAAAUUGUGGGCACGCGAUCCGGACAACGAUACUCUUGUGUUUGGAGUUGUCGGGGAGGAAGCCAGCAAGUAUUUUGCAGUGGAAAGUGAGACGGGAGUUGUGUGGCUUCGACAGACUUUGGAUAGAGAGGAGAUUUCAGAAUUGCAAGUAGAGUUCUCCGUCAGUGACAAGCAAAGUGUGAUUAAAGGCAUUGUCAAUAUUCAGGUUGGCGAUGUGAAUGACAACCCACCCGUCUUCCACAAUCAACCGUACAGUGUCCGUAUCCCAGAGAACACCCCUACAGGGACCCCGAUUUUCAUAGUGAACGCGACAGACCGGGACCAGGGCACGGGUGGCAGUGUGCUCUAUUCCUUCCAACCUCCAUCACGCUUCUUUUCCAUUGAUGGUGCCCGGGGAGUUGUAACUGUGCAAAGACCACUGGAUUACGAGACCACCCGAGCCUACCAGCUACAAGUCAAUGGAACGGACCAGGACAAAGACCAUCCUCUCUCUACACUGGCUAACCUCGCAAUCACCAUUACUGAUAUCCAGGAUAUGGAUCCUAUAUUUGUAAAUCUUCCUUACAGCACAAACAUUUACGAGAACUCCCCUCCUGGUAAGACGGUGCGGGUUAUUACAGCCAUCGAUCAAGAUCGAGGGAGGCCACGAGGCAUUGGGUACACUAUAGUCUCAGGUAACACCAACAGCAUCUUUGCCUUAGAUUACAUCAGUGGAGCUCUAACUCUGAACGGGCCUCUGGAUCGAGAAAAUCCCCUGUACAGCUCAGGGUUUAUAUUGACUGUAAGGGGUACUGAACUAAACGAGGACCGGACGCCAUCAAAUGCCACAGUUUCCACAACAUUUAAUAUCUUGGUCAUUGAUGUGAAUGACAAUCCGCCAGAAUUUAACCGGUCUGAAUACUUUGUCAGCAUCACCGAAUUGGCACAAGUGGGCUUUGCACUCCCUCUCUUCAUCCAAGUACAGGAUAAAGAUGAUGCACCCAACAGCAUGUUUGACAUCCAACUCAUGGGGAACAACUCUGAACAUUUUACCAUUUCCCCAACGUCAGGCCAGGGGAAGGUCGACAUCCGAGUACGAGUGGCACUGCCUUUGGAUUUUGAACGCAUUUCUCACUAUGAGUUCUCUCUUUUUGCAAACGAGACGGCCUCUGAUCACGUUGGUUUUGCUCGGGUCAAGAUUAACCUAAUCAACGAAAACGACAACAGGCCGGUAUUCAGCCGAUCGUUAUACAAUGUGAGCUUGUUUGAGGAUGCAUCUGUUGGACUCGCCGUCGUUGGUAUUGUUGCUACAGAUAAUGACACUGGAAGCUACGGAAAUGUCAAUUAUUUUUUCAGUGACGAAUCUGACAGGUUUACAAUUGACAAGGAUACCGGCAUAGUGACUCUCAUCCAGAGGUUAGACUUCGAGGCAACACGGCGAUACACUUUAACCGUUAUAGCAAAGGAUGGAGGUGGUGAAGAGACCACAGGACGUUUGCGAAUCAAUAUUUUGGACAUUAAUGACAACGUGCCCACCUUUCAGAAGGAGACCUACCUGGGUACAAUUCGUGAGAAUGAGGCCUCUCCAGUGCAGGUGGUCAGAGUUCGAGCCAUCGAUGAUGACUCACCACCAAACAACCAGAUCACCUACAGCAUUUUCAACACUUCACUUCUGAGCAACUACUUUGAUAUCAGGGUAUCAGAGGGUUAUGGGGUUAUUACCGUCACAAGGCCUAUUGACUUCGAGCAGGUUCCAGGAGGGUUUAUCUAUUUGACCAUCAUGGCAAAAGAUGCUGGGACCCCUCCUCUAUACAGUACAGUCCCUGUGACUGUGGAAGUUUUUGAUGAAAAUGAUAACUCACCCACUUUUAGCCAGUCUUCCUACAUCAUCGCAAUCCCCGAAAAUAUAAUUGCAGGAGCCACAGUGUUGUUUGUAUCUGCAUCCGACUUGGACCAAUCCCGGGAAUAUGGCCAGGAAUCAAUCAUCUACUCUCUCGAGGGAUCGUCCCAGUUCCGGAUCAACACCCGUUCAGGAGAAAUCACAACUACUUCGCUGCUGGACAGAGAAACCAAAUUUGAAUAUAUCCUGAUUGUCCGAGCUGUAGAUGGUGGAGUCGCAAACAAUCAGAAAACUGGAAUAGCCACUGUGAAUAUAACUCUACAUGACAUAAAUGAUAAUCGUCCCAUUUGGAAGGAUGAACCAUACUUAGCCAAUGUGGUUGAAAUGUCACCCGUUGACACAGAUGUUAUCACAGUGUCAGCCUUUGACCCAGACCGGGGUGAGAAUGGUUCUGUAGUGUACACCAUCAACCCUCCCAAUCGAUUCUACCGAAUCAACAGGACCACAGGGAAAAUCCGCACAUCUGGAGUGGUGUUAGACCGCGAGAAUACAGAUGCCAAGGAUGCUGAGAUGAUGAGGAAAAUCGUUGUGUCAGUCACAGAUCGGGGAAAACCUCCACUACAAGCCUCCAGUAGCACCAUUGUUACCGUAAACCUGCUGGAUCUCAAUGACAAUGACCCAGUUUUCCAAAACCUGCCGUUCACUGCUGAGGUCCCAGAGGGUCUGCCUGUUUCUUCUUCCAUUUUUCAGGUAUCAGUGCUGGAUCCGGACGAGAGCUCCAAUGGGAUGGUCACAUACUCUAUGCAAGUGGGCAUGCCCAGGUUGGACUUUGUGCUCAACUCUAGCACAGGAUUAAUCAUGUCGACCACGACGCUGGACCGAGAGCAGAUCGCGGAGUAUUACCUGAGGUUGAUAGCCAGAGAUGCAGGGAUGGUACCGAGGAGCACCACCAGCACCCUGACCAUCAGGGUGCUGGACAUAAAUGACGAGGUUCCUACAUUUCACCCAGCUGUAUAUGAUAUCUCUCUCUCCGAGGACGUGCCCAGGGAUCACAAGGUGGUCCAUCUCAACUGUAGCGACAGUGACGAUGGCCUGAACGCCGAGCUCAGCUACUUCAUCACAGGCGGCAACGAUGAUGGAAAAUUCAGCGUCGGCUUUAGGGAUGGAAUAGUCAGGACUGUGGUGAACCUGGACAGAGAAAUCCAAGUUUCUUACACACUCAUUUUGGAAGCAAUAGAUAAUGGGCCUGCAGGAAGUAGGAAGACUGGGACAGCGACUGUGUACAUCACGGUGUUAGAUGUGAAUGACAAUCGACCCAUCUUCCUGCAGAACACCUUUGAGGCAAGUGUCCUGGAGAACAUCACAGCAUCGGGCAGUGUGGUGAAGGUGCAAGCCACUGAUGCAGAUGAAGGAGUUAAUGGGAAGGUUUUGUACAGAAUUCUCUCAGGAAAUCCCAAUGAUAACUUCAAGAUGGACCAAGACACUGGGCUGAUCUCCAGAGGUUCCCACCCCUUGGACAGAGAGAGCAGCACUACCCAUGUGUUGCAAGUAGAGGCCUACAACAAUGACUUUGGCAGGAUGAGGAGCACUGUCAGGGUGAUCAUCUAUGUGGAGGAUGUGAAUGAUGAAAAGCCAGUUUUUACCCAGCAACAGUAUAACCGGCUAGGGCUGCGGGAAACUGCAGGGAUUGGCACAUCAGUCAUUGUCGUCCGAGCAACUGACAGGGACACAGGAGAUGGAGGCAUUGUCACCUAUAUGAUCCUGUCUGGCUCAGAGAGGAAGUUUGCCAUUGAUGAGAGUACAGGCCUCAUCACCACAGUGGACUACCUUGAUUAUGAAACCAAGACCAGCUAUUUCAUGAAUAUAUCUGCCACAGAUCAAGCUCCACCUUACAACAGGGGUCAUUGCACUGUCUACAUCACCCUGCUCAAUGAGCUGGAUGAGCCUGUACAAUUUACAAAUGUCUCAUAUGAAGCUACAAUUAUGGAAAAUAUCCCAACUGGGACUGAAGUGGUCCAGAUCCAAGCUCAGUCUGCUGACAACAUGAACCUGAUCACCUAUCGGUUUGACCCGGACACCUCUGCCCACACUCUGUCCUUGUUCCAAAUAAACAGAGUUACUGGUGUGAUAACUGUCCGGGGACAAAUAGAUCGGGAGAAGGGAGAUUAUUACCUGAUCACAGUCAUUGCAGAUGAUGGGGGACCCAAGAAAGACUCCACUGUGAAGGUGAUUAUUACCAUUGAAGAUGAAAAUGACAACAGCCCAGUGUUUGAUGCCACUUCCGAUUCCUCCGUGGAGAUUCCAGAGGAUGCUGCUGUUGGGAAGCGGGUGGCUGUUGUCUUUGCCCAUGAUCUGGAUGCAGGGAGGAACGCAAUGGUUAACUUCACCAUUCUGUCUGGAAAUACAAACAAAACAUUCAGGAUUAGCACGGCUAAUGGUAGCCGCGGAGAGAUCUACCUCGCUCGACGUUUGGAUCGAGAACAAAAUGAUCGAUAUGUUUUGACUAUUCAAGCCUUGGACAAUGGAUUGCGUCCUCGGAGGAUAAAUCACGUUUUAACCAUCACAGCCAUCGAUGUCAAUGACAAUGCCCCAGUUAUCGCAAACGCUGGAAGCUACAACAUCAGCAUUUAUGAGAAUGUUGGAGGAGGUACCUCAGUGACCAGAGUGAGAGCCACGGACGCGGACACUGGCCUUAAUGCCGUGCUCUAUUACUACAUCACCCACGGUAAUGAGGACCUCACCUUCCGGAUUGACAGGCUGUCGGGAGAGAUUGUCACACGCCCGUCUCCGCCAGAUCGGGAGAGACAGGCCUUCUACAAGCUGACGGUAACAGUAGAAGACGAUGGGACACCUUCACUCUCAGAGAUGACAACGGUGCUUGUAAAUAUUUUGGACGAGAACGACAAUCACCCUGCGUUUCAACAACAGCAAUAUGAAAUCACCUUAGAUGAAGGGCCAGACACCGUGCAUUCUUUCAACCUGACAGUGAGUGCAACAGACCGAGAUGAAGGUCCCAACGGAACGGUCACCUAUGCCAUUGUCGAUGGGAAUCUCCAUGACACAUUCACCAUCCACAGUAUCACAGGUCAGAUCGAAGCAGUGAAGGAACUGGACUAUGAACGAAGCCAUGGCCGCUACCCUCUCACCAUUACAGCCACUGACCAGUGUCCGAAGCCACUCUGCCGCCUGACAGCCACAGCCACAGUGCUAGUCAACGUGAACGAUAUCAAUGAUGUGGUGCCAAGGUUUCCUCACCCUUACGAAGGUCCAUUUGACAUCACUGAGGGUCAACCAGGCCCCAGAGUAUGGACGUUCCUUGCGGAUGAUGAAGAUUCAGGCCCAAAUGGGCAAGUAGAGUAUAGCAUCAUAGCAGGAGAUCCCCUUAAUGAGUUCAUUAUUUCUCCAGUGGAAGGUGAGCUCCGUGUACGAAGAGGCGCCGAGUUGGAUCGAGAAAGCAUUGCAUUUUAUAACCUAACCAUUAUGGGAAAAGACAGAGGCACACCAGCACUGAGCAGUAUGGUACUGGUGGGCGUUCGUGUCCUGGAUGUAAACGACAAUGAUCCUGUGCUCCAGAACAUUCCGCGGAACUGCACCAUCAGUGAAAACACGGCCGUGUCCACAAGCAUUACUAGGAUUUUGGCCACGGACAUUGACAGUGGGCACAAUGCACUCCUGACCUUUAGUAUCACUGCAGGAAACUUUGAAAAUGCCUUCUUCAUCAAUGAAACAAUUGGAGUCAUCUAUGUCAACAGACCAUUGGAUAGAGAGCAGACUGCCGAAUACCAACUUACCAUCACGGUCAAGGACAACCCAGAAAACCCGAGACACGCUCGAAGAGAUUCUGACUUACUGACCAUCUCCAUCUCAGAUGAGAACGAUAACAGACCCACCUUUACUCAGAAGUCGUAUCGAGCUGAAAUUCUCGAGAAUCUGGAAGCAGGUACACAAAUCACCAUGCUAAAUGGACCCAUUUUAGCAUUUGACAGUGAUGAAGGACCCAAUGCUGUGAUCAGUUACCAGUUACAGACUAACAUAACCGAAUUCUUCACAGUAGACCGGAACACUGGUAUUGUCUCUGUUGCCCCAGGAAAAAGCAUCGACAGGGAGUCCUUGCCUAAUGCAAGACUGGAAUUGACUGUAAUAGCGGAAGAUAUUGGUCAGCUGAAGAGUGUGGCUGGACUCACAGUAACAGUCUUGGAUCAAAAUGACAACACACCAGUCUUUACCCCAUCUUCAAUGACUGUCCACAUUCUGGAAAACAGCCCCUCAGGUUUCAGUAUCAGCCAGGUGACAGCCACAGAUGCGGAUACUGGAGUGAACCAGCAGCUGAGAUACCGGAUCGAGGGAGGGGCCCUGGACAAGUUUAUCAUCGACCCUGACUCGGGAGUGAUCAAAGUAGCCAACGGAGUGACUGUGGACCGAGAGGAAAAGGCAUCCUACACACUCACGGUGGUUGUGAGGGACCGAGGUACCCCAUCGUUGUCAGCGAGUGCCACGGUGAACAUUGUGAUUGAUGAUGUUAAUGAUUGCCGCCCUGAAUUCAUUAACCCUAUCCAGACUGUAAGUAUCAGCGAGUCAGUGAAUGUCGGUUCAGUUAUCGCAAACAUAACAGCCACAGAUCGGGACCUCCAUCCUCAGCUGGAGUAUUAUAUUAUCGAGCUUGUGGCUAAGGACGACACUGAUGAAGAGGUACGGGAGCAUCAGAGAGCCUUUGACAUCAAUUUUAAAACAGGUGCUGUGUUUGUAAGAACGCCUUUGAAUAGAGAGUUGGUAGCUACCUACACACUUACCAUCUCAGUACACGACAAUGCCAGUGACGUGAUCAGUCAUUCCGUCAGUGUUCCCAAUGCAAAGCUGACAGUGAAUGUCCUAGAUGUGAAUGACAAUCCUCCUCGAUUCCGACCAUUUGGGGUUAGUAUUUUCACUGAGAGGAUUCUGGAAGGAGCAACAGCUGGUACAACACUGCUCUCUGUCUCGGCCGUGGAUCCCGAUAAAGGACCCAAUGGACUGAUUAACUACGAGCUCCUGAAUCUCCCUCCUGGAGAUUACAUCAGACUGGAGGAUCCUGCAGCAGGGAAAAUAGUUGCAAGCAGGACAGUGGAUUACGAAGAGGUUCAGUGGCUGAAUUUCACAGUGCGGGCAGUGGAUCACGGAACACCACCUCGAUCUGUGGCAGUUCCGGUGUAUUUACAGAUUAAGGACGUCAAUGACAACAACCCUGUCUUUGUGCAGUCAUCCUACCAGAAGCCAGUGUUUGAAGAUGUCUCCCUGGGCACAGUGAUUCUCCAAGUUAGUGCAGAGGAUGCAGAUGAUGACAGCUUCUCACAGAUUGAGUACAGCCUUGUGGAUGGAGAGGGCAGGUUUGGAAUCAAUCCAACCACGGGGGAUAUUUACAUUUUGGCUGCACUUGAUCGGGAAAAGAAAGAUCACUACACUCUAACGGCCGUUGCCAAGGACAACCCAGGUGCUAAUCCAAGCAAUCGCAGAGAGAAUGCAGUCCAGGUCCUGGUCACUGUUCUGGAUGUGAAUGACUAUCGUCCCCAGUUCUCCAAGAAUGUCUUCAGCACCAGCGUUUAUGAGAAUGAACCAGGAGGAGCCUCCGUAGCUACCAUGACAGCAACAGAUCUGGAUGAAGGGGAGAAUGCGGUCUUGCAGUAUAGUAUUCAGGGGCCUGGUGUAGAGGCUUUUCGGAUUGACGAGGACACUGCAGUAAUCACCACCAUGAGGCUCCUGGAAUCCUACGAGAGGUUUAACUUGACGGUGGUUGCCACGGACCGUGGUCGCCCACCGCUUUGGGGGACAACAUUAUUGAAGAUCGAAGUGAUUGAUGUGAACGACAAUCGACCCAUUUUCAUUCGGCCUCCCAAUGGGACAAUACUACACAUCAUGGAGGAGAGAGACGCAGGCUUCAACGUGUAUGAGGUGCUGGCCACUGACAAUGACGAAGGUUUGAAUGGAGCGGUCAGGUAUGGCUUUCUGAAGACAGGGGUCAACAGAGACUGGGAGUAUUUCAGCAUCGACCCUCUGAGUGGAAUCAUCAAUACAACAGUGAGGCUGGACAGGGAGAGACAGGCUGUCUAUAAUCUGAUUCUCUUGGCCUAUGACCUUGGGCAGCCCGUACCCUAUGAGACCACCCAGCUUCUGCAAGUUGCUCUGGAUGAUAUUGAUGACAAUGAGCCCCUUUUCCUCAAACCACCGAGAAGUUUGCAGUACCAGCUGCUGUUUGUGUCUGAACAUUCAGACCCUGCCACCGUUGUGGGAAAUGUAACCGGAGCGACCGAUGCUGAUGAAGGAUCCAAUGCUGUUGUCUAUUAUUUCAUAGCAGCUGGAGAUCCCGAUCACAACUUCCAACUGAAUCGGGAUGGGCUGCUGAAGGUGUUGAAAGAUCUGGACCGAGAAACCAACCCGUUCUACGCUAUCAUUGUCAAGGCCUCCAGUAACCCAAACUGGGCACCUCCCAGGGGGCAAACCCAGCUGUUUGACCCCAGCGCUGACCUCACCCUCCAGGAAGUCCGCAUCUUCCUGGAGGAUAUUGAUGACCAGCCGCCAAGGUUCAUGAAGUCCGAGUACACAGCGGGUGUUGCUACUGAUGCCAAAGUAGGCUCUGAGCUGAUCAGAGUGGAGGCUUACGAUGCCGAUAUUGGAAACAACAGCCUCGUCUUCUAUCAAAUUGUUAACAUCCGCUACUACCAGCUCCAGUUCAAUGAAUCUGAAGAUGUGGGGAAUGUCUUCAUAAUUGGGGAGCAGGAUGGCAUUGUGAGGACCUUUGACCUCUUCACCGCCUACAACCCCGGCUAUUUCCUGGUGGACAUCAUGGUUUCAGACCUAGCCGGACAUAAUGACACAUCAGUGAUAGGAAUCUACAUUCUGAGAGAUGACCAGCGUGUUAAGAUCGUCAUCAAUGAGAUCCCUGAGAGGGUGCGGGAGUUUGAAGAGGAGUUCAUUAAGCUGCUCUCCAACAUCACUGGUGCCAUUGUCAACACAGAUGAUGUGCAGUUCCACGUUGAUCAGAAGGGCCGGGUGAAUUUUGCUCAGACUGACGUUCUGAUUCACGUGGUCAACAGGGAAACGAACCGAAUCUUGGAUGUGGAGAGGGUAAUCCAAAUGAUUGAUGAAAAUAAGGAACAGCUUAGAAAUCUCUUCCGGAAUUACAACAUCCUUGAUGUCCAGCCAGCUGUCACUGUCAGGGUAGCUAAUGACAUGACGUCUUUACAGAUGGCAAUAAUUAUUCUGGCAGUUUUGCUGUUCCUGGCUACUAUGCUGUUUAUCUUUAUGAAUUGGUAUUACAGGACAGUGCACAAAAGAAAGUUGAAGGCUAUUGUAGCAGGUUCCACUGGUAACCAAGGGUUUAUGGACAUCUUGGACAUGCCGAACACUAACAAGUAUUCGUUUGAAGGGGCAAAUCCAGUCUGGCUUGAUCCCUUCUGCAGGAACUUGGAACUUGCUGCUCAGGCUGAGCAGGAAGAUGACCUACCAGAGAACCUCAGUGACAUCACUGACCUCUGGAACAGUCCAGCCAGGACCCACGGUACAUUUGGCCGUGCCCCACCCACAUCGAAGCUGGAGGAUGAUCGAUAUUUGCGUGCAGCCAUACAGGAGUACGACAGCAUUGCAAAACUUGGACAGAUCAUGCGAGAAGGUCCAAUCAAGGGCUCCCUCUUGAAAGUGGUUCUGGAUGACUAUCUGCGGCUGAAGAAACUGUUUGCAGCUCGCCUAGCUCACAAAUCCACUGGCAGUGGGGAUCGCUCAUCUGUGCUGGAGCUGGUUCCCAGUGACAUGGAAGAUGAGGAGGAGAAACCCCCUAGCCGUGGAACUCUGAAGUUCAAGCACCGGCACCCAGUGGAGCUGAAAGGUCCCGAUGGUAUUCACGUGGUUCACGGCAGCACUGGCACCUUGCUGGCCUCUGAUCUGAACAGUCUGCCUGAGGAUGACCAGAGGGUCUUGGUCAGAUCCCUGGAAACGCUGAACACAGAAAGCGGGAGCUACGUGGACAGGAAUGCCAGGACGGAGUCUGCCAAGUCUACGCCGCUGCACAAGGCGAGAGAACGGGUGAUGGAGAUUCCACUGGAGAUCACAGAGCUUUGACAGCGAUAUCCAGGAGCCAGGAACACAAAUGGAUUGUUGGGGGAGGUAGCUGCAGAAAAUAAACAUAAAAGCUGCCUAUAGUCACUUUUUUUUCGGGGAAGAGGGACCAUUCUGCCCCCCCUAACUCCACACAACUCUGUUGACCGUAAUCCCUCCACACGCACCGCCCCUAAGAACCAAGAUACCAACAAACUCCUCUGACCAGAUCCACCACCACUGUCAACACCACAUCCCAAACUCAUUCGCCCCCACUAUUAACUGAAACAUCUGAACUUUGCAACAAUACAAGUCCAGCCACUAUUCGAUACAGGAUCCUGGAAUGUACUGGGGUUCCAAAUCAUGUUAAAUUAUAUUGCAGUGUAUAACCAAUUUACAUGAAUUAAAGUCAUACUGAAAAUACUCAAAUCAUUAACCACAAAA